AUGGUCGCUAUAGAAACAUCACCCAACUCGUCUCCUUCGGUCGAAUGGGUCGGCUGUCUGGAUAAAAGGCCUGCGGAGCGUUCAGCAGAGGAUGUGGAUAUUAUUCUGACCAGACUAAAAGGGGUUAAAGCCUUCCAGAGGUUCCACCCCUCCCUGCUGCUGCAGAUCUGUUCCUGUGCCUUCUACGAGUACCUGGAGAAAGGCAUCACCUUGUUCCGCCAGGGUGACAUAGGGACCAGCUGGUAUGCUGUUCUGUCUGGCUCUCUGGACGUCAAGGUGUCAGAAACAGCCAACCACCAGGAUGCUGUCACUAUCUGCACGCUGGGAAUCGGCACGGCGUUUGGAGAGUCAAUUCUGGAUAAUACUCCUCGCCACACCACUAUCGUCAGUAGAGAGACCAGCGAACUGCUCCGCAUCGAACAGAGAGAGUUCAAGAGUCUAUGGGAGAAGUACCGUCAGUGUAUGGCUGGACUUCUGGCCCCUCCCUAUGGCGCCAUGGAAACUGGAUCCAACAAUGACAGGCUGACAGACAAAGACAGUCUAGGUUCAGAUCCUCUCAACUUCAUGAACAACAUCCUCAACAAGGUUCCAUCAGAGAAGCUGCAGCGAGGGGGGAAGGUGAUGCGGAACGCCAUCCUCUCCAGGGCUCCUCACAUGAUCAGAGACAGGAAGUACCACCUCAAGACAUACAGGCAGUGUUGUGUAGGUACAGAGCUGGUAGACUGGCUGGUGCAGCAGAGUACCUGUGUACAUACUCGCUCUCACGCUGUGGGGAUGUGGCAGGUUCUGCUGGAGGAGGGAGUCCUGAACCAUGUGGACCAGGAGCUGGGUUUCCAGGACAAGUACCUGUUCUAUCGUUUCCUUGACGAUGAAGAGGAGCACACCCCAUUGCCUAGCGAGGAGGAGAAGAGGGAGAGUGAGGAAGAGCUGCCUGAGACAAUCCUCUUCCUCACCCAGAUGGGACCUGAUGCCCUGCUGCGCAUGAUCCUCCGCAAACCUCCUGGUCAGAGGACGGGUGAUGAUCUGGAGAUCAUCUAUGAUGAGCUGCUUCACAUCAAGGCCUUAUCCCACCUCUCCAACACUGUGAAGAGGGAGCUGGCGAGUGUUCUCAUCUUCGAGUCUCACGCCAAAGUAGGAACCGUGUUGUUUAACCAGGGAGAAGAGGGAACAUCCUGGUACAUCAUCCAGAAGGGCUCUGUCAAUGUGGUCAUCUACGGCAAGGGUGUGGUGUGUACCCUGCAUGAGGGGGAUGACUUUGGGAAGCUGGCGUUGGUGACUGAUUCUCCUCGAGCUGCCUCCAUCGUCCUCAGAGAAGACAACUGUCACUUCCUCCGAGUGGACAAAGAAGACUUCAACAGGAUACUCAGGGACGUGGAGGCAAAUACAGUGCGUUUGAAGGAACAUGAGCAGGCUGUUCUGGUCUUGGAGAAGAGUCCCAGAGCCUCCAGUCUGGGAAAUAUCAGGUACACUGUGUUGUCUGGAACCCCUGAGAAGAUCCUUGACCACUUCCUGGAGACUAUGAGGAUGGAUACACACCACUCUGACCCAGACCCUGCGGUAGAUGACUUUGUCCUCAUGCACUGUGUCUUCAUGCCUAACAGCCAGUUCUGCCAGCUACUCAUGGCACACUACCAUGCGGUGGCUCCCCCGGGCUCGGAGCAGGAGAGGUUGGAGUACGCUGUGACCUGUAAGAGACGAGUCCUCAAUCUGGCCCUGCGCUGGGCUGCAGUACACACACAUCACUUACAGGAGGAGCCAGCAGCACUCAUAUUCCUGGAGGAGCUGUAUGGGAGUGUGUCCAGUGUGUCCAAUGACUCACGGAUCCUCAGAGCUCUGAAAGACUUUGUACCUGACUUGGAAAAGGUCGUCAAACUACAUUCAGAAGAGGCCAAAGUGAAAAAGGUGAGUCAGAAGGUCCUUACACAGUUCAGCAAUGGAGACGAGAAACUAAUGAAGACACAACCCAUCAGGAACUGUGACGACAUCCUGUUGAAGGUGUACUGCAGUGACCACACCUACACCACCAUCCGGGUUGCCGUAGCGGCCACAGGGAGUGAGGUGACCAGCGCUGUGGCCAACAAACUUGCCUCAAACGACGACCUGUUAUUGGUCCACCUCAGCUCCGCAGGCGAGAAGCAGAUGCUGAAGCCCAAUGAUGUGUCAGUAUUCUCCUCUCUGAGCAUCAAUGGGCGUAUGUUCGCCUGUCCCCGGGACCAGCUCAAUGCUCUGACCCCUCUCCCAGACCAGGAGGGGCCCUCAGCUGGGUCCAUGUCCAGUUUUGAGCUGAUGAGUUCUAAAGACCUGGCCUAUCAGAUGACCCUGUACGACUGGGAACUCUUCAGCUGUGUUCACGAGCAUGAGUUGUUGUACCACACGUUUGGCCGUCAGAGCUUCAGGAGAACCACAGCCAACCUGGACCUGUUUCUACGCAGGUUCAACCAGGUGCAGCUGUGGGUGGUGACGGAGGUGUGUCUGUGUGGUCAGCUUAGCAAACGGGUUCAGCUGCUCAAGAAGUUCAUCAAAAUCGCUGCUCACUGUCGGGAGUUUAAGAACCUGAACUCGUUCUUUGCCAUCAUCAUGGGUAUGAGCAACCCUGCAGUCAGCCGACUCGCCCAGACCUGGGAGAAACUCCCCAGCAAGUUCAAGAAGUUCUAUGCUGAGUUUGAGAGCAUGAUGGACCCGUCCAGGAACCACCGGGCAUACCGGCUGACCGUCACCAAAAUAGAGCCGCCAAUCAUCCCCUUCAUGCCCCUCCUCCUCAAAGACAUGACUUUUAGUCACGAGGGCAACAAGACAUUCAUAGACAACAUGGUCAACUUUGAGAAGAUGCGGGUGAUCGCAAACACCAUCCGGGCGGUGAGACACUGCAGGAGUCAGCCGUUCAACCCUGAGGUGUGUCAGCCCAAUAAGAACCAUGCUGAGGUGAGGGGUUAUGUCAGGAAGCUGUGUGUGAUUGACAAACAACGGACCCUGACAACACUCUCUUAUAGGCUAGAGCCCCGCAGGACCUGA